CUUAUAAGGGGGAGGGUUGGCAGGGUGGGGGCCUCGUGGUCGAAGUUCACUUUGAACGCUGUCUGGUCAACAACUCGGCAGCAGCUGUUCCCUCCGCCAGAGAAGCCGUCGCGCCAGUGAUGGACCCUUCAGGACGGAGCCGGAGGGGCCCGGGGGCCACAAGGGGCUUCUCCCCGGCCCCGAGGGACGCCGUGUCCCCCCUGCAGCUGUCCGUCUACUGGCGCCUGGCCCUCGCCCACUUCUUCACCUCCUUCCUUUUCUUCCUGGACGUCUACGCCGCCGCCGCCGUCUCUUGUCGCCACGGCAACGGCACGGAGGAAGGCGGCAACCGGUCGCGGCCCGCGGAGGACUCGGAUGGCGGGAAGCGAAACUUAGUGUGUGACUGGACGGACUGGUUGGCGUACGCUCAGACGCUCUACAUGGUCGGCCUGCUGCUGGGAUCGCUGGUGGGAGGAGCCGUAUCCGACAGGUAUGGGAAGCGCACGGUGCUGCUGGUGUGCGUGUACGUGCACGCCCUCUGCGGCCUCGUGCCCGCCCUCCUCCCCCGGGCCUUCCUCUACCUGGCCGUGCGCUGCGUGACGGGCGUCUGCUGCUGCUGCAUCAACAUCUGCUCCUUCAGUCUGGCCGUGGAGUGGACGCCGCCGGCGGCUCGGCUGUGGGCGUCGGCCUUCCUGCCGUUCUGCUUCAGCCUGGGCAUGAUGGGCGGAGCCCCGCUGGCCUGGCUCAGCGCCACCUGGACGCGGCUGCACCUGACGCUGGCUGUGCCGCAGCUCGUCUGUCUGCCGCUCUACCUUUGGAUUCCGGAGUCUCCUCGCUGGCUGUUGCUGAGGAGGAGGACCGACGUGCUUGAUCGUUACCGUGACAACAGCCCAGCAGAUAAACAGUGUCUGGACUUGCUGCUGUGGUCCGACCUGCAGAAAGACACUGAGGAUCAGAAAGAUCCGCCACCUGGAGGCCACGCCCCCAGUGACAUCAUCUACCUGAGACAUCCCACGGUCCUUCUUCGGCUCUUCGUCAUGAGCUUUGUCAGUGCGGCGUCAGCUCUCACCUACUUCGGCAUCUGCAUGAACAUCGGCUCCUUCGGCGUCGGCGUCUACUCCGCCCAGUUCUUCUCCGGCCUAUCGGAGGCACCCUGCCUCCUCGUCCCAUUGGUCCGCCUGGGCCGCCGGCCAAUCAGCAUGCUCGCUCUGUUCCUGAGUGGAGCGGCCUGCUUCCUGUCCUUACUGCUGUCCCGAUACGACGCUCAGCCGGUGUUGGUGAUGAGUCUCGCUCUGCUGGGGAAGCUCUGCAUCCUGGCCGCGCUCUUCAUCUCCAUCCUGUACAGCAUAGAGCUGUUCCCCACCGUGGUCAGACAGCGGUGCGUGUCCUUGGUCAACCUGUCUUUCCGGAUUGGCUGCCUGGUCAACUCCGUGGUCCCCGCCACCCCCACCGGGGCCAUCUCAUUGGCUGCCAUGGUCGCGUACAGCAGCGGCCCAAUCGCGGGCUGCGCUCUGUGUCUGCUUCUCCCGGAGACCAGCGGCGUCCCGCUGCCCGACUCGGUCGAGGACUGCGACAGGCAGCCGAUGCCCCGCCUCCCGAGCGCGGGCGCCCUCUGGAGGAAGUGGAAGCUGGUGAGAAGCCAAACCAGGAAUACUGAGCCGGAGACACCCCCUGCAGAGAAAGACGACACGCACACACACAGGACGGACAAGACGCACACGCAGUCUUAACCUCAUUGAACUACUUUCUUUUGUUUGUUUUUAUUCUUUAUUUAAAUUAAAGACCAAAGAACGACGCAUUGAGAAAGAGGAGCGCGGACGUGAUGAAGACGCUGAUGAUGUCAUACGAUGUCACAUGACUGGCCGUUUAUUUUUGUGAAAAUAAACCUAGAAAAAUAAAUAAAAGUAGUAUUUCCUCCUUCAGAAGUACUACAAGUUGCGCGGUUGCAGAAAAAAAUAUGACUUAAGUAGUCUUAAAAAUACUUCAUUACAAAUAAUUCAAAUAACACGUGAGUACAAGUAUAAAACGUACUAAAUGUAGCAGUACUUGUUGUGCAGAAAGUCUCCUUCAUGAAUGAUUACAGGUCAUUUAGCUGACGCUUUUAUCCAAAGAGACAAACUCAUGGUUCAUUUCGUCCGGGGAGCAGUGAGGGUUCGAACCGCCGACCCGGCGCGUUACUCCACAUCUCCUUUUUGAUAAUUAGGGUGAUUAAGUACAUGCAGUAGUAUUUGAUGACAGUAUUAGCAUGUAUCAGUCAGAAUAAUACACACUAUUGAGGCAUUAUUAUGUUCAUUCUUUCAAAAAGGUAUCUACUUCACGUGCUGCUGUCAGAAUAAAUCACUUAUUAAACAUGAAAAUAAAA